ACAAACCCCUUUUCCCCCAAUAAUGCAAUAAUAUUCUUCUCUUCCCCUUCCUCUUCAUCUCAAUUUCUCAAAAUUCCUGUAACCCUAAUUCCGUCAUCCAUCAUCUCUCCGGCCACUCUUUCCGAUUCCGAUGGCUCUGCAUAUCGCCAAACGCCUCCUCCGCACCCGCGCCACCACCCCUACCGUCGCACUUUUCUCAGCCGUUGAUCGGAGCUUUUCCUCCACCUCUUCCGAUCUGAUCCGCGCCACUCUCUUCCCCGGUGACGGCAUCGGUCCCGAGAUCGCCGAAUCUGUUAAACAGGUAUUCAAUGCUGCAGAGGUUCCAAUUGAAUGGGAAGAACAUUUUGUGGGGACAGAAGUUGACCCGAGGACCCAAAGCUAUCUCACAUGGGAAAGUCUAGAGUCAGUAAGAAGAAAUAAAGUGGGCUUAAAAGGCCCAAUGGCUACGCCAAUCGGAAAAGGACAUCGUUCCUUAAACCUUACGUUGAGGAAAGAACUGAAUCUGUACGCAAAUGUCAGACCAUGUUACAGCUUACCUGGUUACAAGACUCGAUAUGACGAUGUUAAUCUUGUUACCAUCCGUGAAAACACUGAAGGAGAGUACAGUGGUCUUGAACAUCAGGUGGUGCGGGGAGUUGUCGAAAGUCUCAAAAUCAUCACUCGACAGGCAAGUCUGAGGGUCGCUGAAUACGCUUUUUAUUACGCUAAAACACAUGGUAGGGAGAGAGUAUCUGCAGUACACAAAGCUAACAUCAUGCAGAAAACCGAUGGUCUCUUUUUGAAGUGCUGUCGUGAAGUUGCUGAGAAGUACCCGGAGAUUAAGUACGAGGAAGUUGUCAUCGACAAUUGCUGUAUGAUGCUUGUGAAGAAUCCAACGCUGUUUGAUGUUUUAGUAAUGCCCAAUCUUUAUGGUGACAUCAUCAGUGAUCUGUGUGCUGGAUUAAUUGGAGGACUGGGUUUAACACCAAGCUUAAACAUUGGAGAGGGUGGUAUUGCUCUUGCUGAGGCCGUUCAUGGUUCAGCUCCUGAUAUUGCUGGAAAGAAUUUGGCAAACCCGACCGCUUUAUUACUAAGUGCCGUAUCAAUGCUUCACCAUUUGGACCUGAAUGAAAAAGCCGAUAAAAUCCAAGAUGCGGUUUUGAAGACAAUCGCAGAAGGCAAGUACCGAACUGGCGAUCUAGGUGGCCAAUCAACAACCUCGGAAUUUACAAAAGCGAUCAUCGAUCAUCUUUGAGCAUUAAAGAUGGUGCAAAUUGCAUAUAAAGUUUGAUUCCAUUUUUCUUACACUAAUUUUCCAUUCAUGUACUAUUUGGAGUUGUGGAGAGGGGAAUUAGACCACAACAAGAUUUUUUGGUUUUGUUAUUUGAGUAAGGAUAUAAAGAUAACUGCUCAAAAGCCAGGUUAUGCAGUUGACAUAUGCUUUUCUAUUGGUUGGUUAUUUGUAAGUUAUGAAUAAAUUUCAUCACUUUGAGGUUGAGGUUUUCCUCAUCUUUUCUCUAA